AUGGCAUCCGACUUGCCACAAUUCAAAUCUGAGACUACCACUACGACACGACGAUCUCUACCACCUAGACUUAACAAACGAAUACUGGUGACUUUGGCAGUAUCCGGCAUCUUUUUCUUACUAUAUUUGAAUGCUCGAGUCACCACACCAUCAUCAUCCGGCCCUCAAGAUAACCAGCCACAACAAGUGAAUGACCCUAAUCUCGCACCUCCACCACCCAAUGGCAAUGUCAUUGUCCCAUUGCCACAAGACGAAGACGAAGACGACGGCCAGGAUACAGUACCCGAUUUAUUAUCUGAAGGCGACGAGGAACAACAAGAAGAGGAUAAUGUCCAUACAUCGAAUGAGAUCAUCAAUACAUCCAACCACUACAAGUAUUUGGUAGUCAUUGCAUCCACUGCCGACCAAAUGACACGUCGACAAUUGAUUCGAGAGAGAUACUUUGGCUUACGCGACAACUUGCUUCCUUGUAUGCGAUUCAAUGCGGAUACAAUGUAUACGUUCUGGAUCCAUGGUGGGAGUGUCACUCCACGUACAGCUGAACGUCGACGUUAUGAAGCUGAAAAGAUGGAAUGGAAUGAUCUUGAAGAGCUCCCUGCUGGUGUCUCCUUUACACAAGCUUCAGUUUUAGAAUGGGCGGAGACCACAUUGGCGGAUCGGGGAAUCAGCUAUGACUAUUUGAUUGUGCAGGAUAUUCACACGUUUGUUCACAUCGCUGGUAUUCGUCAAGAAUUGGAGCAUGGUGUUAUCAGUGAAGAUUCAGAAUCACCUGUGGCUGUGGAUCAUACAACAAACAUGGUUUGGGCUCAAUUCACCAACUCGGAUCAAGUGGAUGAUUCUCAAGUGUUUGUGGUGGGCGCAGCAGCUGCACGUGUAGCCCUUGAGAAACGUAACGAGAUCCAGUCAUCAUCGCACUUGUUAACCGAUCUAUACCACUACUAUCAAUCCAAUGAAGUUGACCAAGUCAAAAAUGAUGCUACAGUGGAAUUUGGUGAGGAUGAAGGCGAGGCUGAAGUUCAAGUACAAACGAUGCCGUUAUUCAUUCCAGAAGCACAACGCUUUAUGCGAUGGGAAAACAAUGUUGAGUCUGUGCACGAGGAUCAUGCAGCUGUCACACACGUCUACCAGGAUACAGAAUUUGUUGAUUUAGCACGAUGGACAUCGCUUGAACCUGUGCGUGUAUGUUAUCCACCUAAAUCAGCUUACAAGCCAACUCUCCAACAAAGUCCUAUGGAUGACGAUGAAGAGAUGACACUCUCCCAAGAUGACCUAUCAACCACUGUCAACAAAGACCAACCAUCCAUUGCAUUGAUGACGUCUUCUUUUAUUUAUGAUGAUAAUUGCAUGGAGCCAUCAGCGACCAAGGCAGCUCUCAACAAGCGUAAAUAUGCCGAACGACACGGUCAUACAUUUGUUGCCAGGUCUACAGAAUUUGCUCAGCAACGUGGACGAAAGACUGUAUGGGGAAAGGUGGAUGCUGUUGAAAAGGUGCUACCCAAAUACGACUGGAUUUUUUGGAUGGAUAUGGAUGCUGUUAUCAUGAACCAGGAGCACUCAUUGUUCGAAUUGCUGGAUGAUUUGCGUACACGUUAUGGAGAUGGACAAGCGUUUGAUGAGCAUGUCGAUCUGAUUACAGCCAAGCCACGAGGUGACCCAAUGCUCAAUGCAGGCGUAUUUUUCUUGCGUAAUACCGAAUGGAGUCGCCAAUUCUUGCGCCAAGUGCAACAAGUCACCGAAUGGUACAAUAGAAGGCCAGCGUAUGAACAAGGUGCCAUGUGGCAAAUCAUGCUCAAACCUGAAAAUCAGCCUCACAUUUACUUGCUCGAAAAUGAUGACCAUACUUUCAACACCUUCCCCAAGCGAUAUCAACCUGGCGACUUUAUUGUGCAUUUUGCACCCGAUAAAUGUCCUAAUGCAUUGACGCUUCAAGGUCUGGCAGCAGCCGAACGUAUCGAAGUUGGCCAAAUGGUGACGGCCGCUGAUUUGAUGUAA